GCCCUGGGAGUCUCAGGGACAUCCAUCCAUAUCAUUGGGGUAAGCCUUGGUGCGCAUGUCGGGGGCCUGGUGGGGCACUUCCAUGGUGGUCAGCUGGGACGGAUAACAGGCCUGGAUCCCGCAGGCCCUAAGUACACCAGAGCCAGCCCUGAGGAACGCCUGGAUCCUGGGGAUGCCCUCUUUGUGGAAGCCAUUCAUACCGAUGCUGACAAUUUCGGGAUCCGGAUUCCUGUAGGCCACAUCGAUUAUUUUGUCAAUGGAGGCAAAGAUCAGCCAGGAUGCCCCCGAUUCAUCUCGUCAGGCUAUAAGUAUCUGAUCUGUGAUCACAUGAGGGCAGUACACCUCUAUGUCAGUGCCCUGAAACAUUCCUGUCCGUUUGUGGCAUUCCCCUGUGCAAGUCAUCAAGAUUUUAUGAACGGUCGUUGCCUGGACUGUGUUGAUCCCUUCCUGUUCUCCUGUCCCAGAAUAGGCCUGCUGGAGCAGGCAGGUGUCAACAUGAGAAAGCUGCCCAAGGAGGUGAAAGUUUAUUUAAUGACCAGUCCCUCAGCCCCAUUCUGUGUCCAUCACAGCCUGGUUGAAUUCCACUUGCAGAAGAAAAGAAACAUAGCCACCAGCAUUGAGAUAACUUUCUGCAGCAACAGGACCAAGGACACGGUGAAGAUCACCAUACCUAAGCACCAGGAGAUGGGCAAAAAGCUGCUGGCCCACAGUGUUCCCCUCUGCCAGAUAAACAGUGUGACACUGAAAUAUCUUCCCAAGAACCAGUUUUGGAGGAAGGAUGAGUCAUCCAUUGUCGGCAAGUUCUGUGCAGCCCCGAUGCCUCUCGAUAGCAACCGGACAAUGACAUGCCUGCCCUGGAACCUCACCCUCCCUGGCAAUGCAGACGUCUCCUAUGAGCUGCCCGCUGCUUGUGCCUAG